ACAGAUCUGCAGGUGGGUACUUCCCUAGCUUCUUCCAGGAGACGCUCUGACUGUAACUGUACUACUUGAUCUUCUAAGAGAGAAAGUGGGGUAGGUCUGAUUAAGGAAGAUGACAGUCAGAACUCCUGGAACUCCAGCUACAAAGAUAGAUAGGACGCCUGUAUCGACCCCAGGAGGGUCAAAAGCUAAGGAAGAGAAGAUUGUUGUUACUGUUAGAUUAAGACCUCUAAGUAAAAGGGAGCAGCUUGCCAAAGAUCAAGUGGCAUGGGAAUGUGUGGAUGAUCACAUGAUUGUGUAUAAACCCCCACCUCAAGACCGUUCAGCUCAACCGGCUUCUUUUACAUUUGAUAAAGUUUUUGGUCCGGCCUGUUUAACUGAAACUGUGUAUGAGGAAGGAGUGAAGAAUGUUGCUUUGUCAGCUUUGAUGGGCAUAAAUGCAACCAUAUUUGCAUAUGGGCAAACUAGCAGUGGGAAGACAUACACAAUGAGAGGAGAGACAGACAAAGCUGUUAAUGACAUCUACAAUCAUAUAAUGAAUGUAAGCUACAAUUCAAUAAAUAUGAUUGUAAUUCCUGCAUAGUAAUGAGGGUUUGCAGAGUGCAGUCGACCCUUUAGCUGUGGAAUCUCCAAAAACCUUUCUUUUCCUUUCUGGAGCGACACUCGACCUCAGUACUGUGGGCACGAGGGUUUCAAACUCAAAUGCAAUGGAGAUGGUUCGCACCCUGUUAUAGUCAUCAAUGAGCGUGAGUUUCAAAUCCUUAGAAUCAAUCAAUCAACCCAAUCCCAGAUGAAGACCCUUUCUCGGAUGGACUCCGGCAAAGAUUCUUGUCCUACGGGCUUGAAUUGCUAUCUCUUUAGGGCUGCUAAAACAGUUGUGAAUGUGACUCUGCUUCGCUACUGCCCUGAGUCUGACCCUUCAUGGGAAAGGAUAGAAGCUUCUCAUAAAAUUCAGUGCACUGUUGAUGGUGAACCGAUCUACUUAUUAGUCUUGAGGGAUAACGAGACCCAUCUUGUGGAUUGUCGAGAUAAAGUGGAAGUUCCGGUUCCAAAGGAGGCUCUUAGUCAACUCAUUUCAGGAACUAUGAGUUUGCGUAAAGCCUUGAUGACUGAGUUUAACGUACAGUAUUGUAUACGAUGAGUACUGUUUGAAAUGCCAGGGCUCUGGUGGAAGAUGUGCAUCCGGCCAGACUUCUUCACUGUCAUUUGCUUGCUAUGGUCGUUACGGACCUUAUGAUAUAACAUCCGGUACCGCACAUUUAAUCUUCCUUUCAACUAGUGUUCUUAUUUUAUACAGAUUAUUAGUUAAUAAUAGUUAUUAGUCCAC